AUUACAAACGAUACCUCUUGCAUGAUUCCAGCUUCCUGCCGAAAAAUUAAAAAAAUUUGACGGACUACAGUAUAAUCACAUGGAGAUACAUAGGAAACUAUCUAGCCAAUUGCUCGGUGAGGAAGCAAUUGACCACGGAGUCGAUGCCAACAUUAGCGUUUGUUUUUCUAUCUGUUUCGCUCUUGAUAUCUACUGUCAAAGUUCAAAUGACCCUUUGACUCCCAAGAUCUAAUUGUGAACUUUCCCCAGUAGCUAUUACACAUUUCCUUGUAAAUUUAGUGUUAGCUCAAGAUAACAACUUCUACCUGAUAAAUUUGAGUAUUCUCGUUACCUGUUUGCUGGAUGAUCUCAUGUAUGGAUACUAUAACAGAGUAGAAGUUACCCUCUAAUCACUUCUGAGAGUUAAAAGGUUCAUUCCUGUAUAAAUACCUGGGUGGACGGUUUCUAUCAAGCUGGCACUUCAAAUAUCCUUAUUGGUUUCCGUUAAAUGACUCAUUUCAAAAACUUCUGGGGUUUUCACUGAAUCGAACUGGUGUCAUCGUGGCGUGCGAAGGUUGAAAAGCCGUCACCAUUCCACCGAAGGAAUCUGUCACGGAGACCUGGUAACUACAUUAAUCUCAAUUCAAACCAUGACGUCAGGGUGUGAUGGUUCAUUGCAGCUACAGAAUCUGGAAAGACGCGACCAGAGGAUUAGUGUCUUGUGAGGAUUUAUUUCUAUUGAUACGAUGAAAGGCUCAAUCCUGAUUAGUGUACUGCUAAUUGCUCUUCCAUGUGCUCUUGGAAUAAAGUGUCUCAGCUGCAAGUUUGGCGGACUUGAGUCUAUGUGUGAUUCAGUGUCAAAUAGUUCCUAUACUAACUGUACGGGAGUUCUUGACGCAUGCGUGACCACCGGAAUGAUGGUCAAGUUGAAACUUGGCAUGGAAAAGCAGGCGUAUACUAUGACAUGCGGGCAAAUGACCCUUUGUUCCAAACUUGAAACGGAGAACUGUGGUCCUGAAGGCGUAAGAAAGUAUGUUGACAAGAUUCCAGGAGUUAAAGUGACCAAGUGCGGAGUAGCCUGCUGCCAGACAGACAUGUGCAACAACAAAGAUCUUGUUAAACCAAAACCAUUGCCGCCAGUGGCCUUGGCUGCUUUUACGAGCGCCUCUCUUAUGGCCAGCUGUAUCUCGCUUUUGUUGGGAUUUGCUCUGAUGGUGUAAUCUCACUUACCUAACGCAGUUUUUGACACGAAGAUUUUCAGUCAAAAGCUGUAGAAAGUAGCAAGUUCUUUUUAUUCCACUUUUUCAUAUAUUAUUUUGAUUGUAAGGACAGGACUCAUUGAUAUUUCAAGGAAAAAGGUUUAAGCAACAUUUCUCAUUUCAUAGGAAAGAUGUAAAGAUUUUUUCCCGCUUCGUGGUGAAAAUCUUCUUUCCGUUCAUAAUUGUUCUUGUAUCCAACGCUUAAUAAAUGUAACACCUUUACUGUACAGUUUCUCUUACAUGUUAGUGCAUGCAUAACGUUUGGAAUUAUUAUU